AGCCGCACGAUUUCCUGGUCACAUGCUAUGCAGCUGGAUCAGCUGAUACUGGCUGGCUAGCUAGCUUCUCUUUGGCGCUUCACUUUGUUUCUUUUGAUAUAUUACGACCCACUUGGCUUAAAUAAUACAUUUUCAAAAUUUCCUGGAGUUUUUUUUUAGUAUUGGACCAGGGGUUGUUUGCUUGUCUGCUAGCACACCGCCGAAUCGAUGCUGCUAGAGUGGAUGAUGAACGGACACGCCAUUCUUUACACGGGGGUCACUUUGGCCUUCUGGAGCACCAUACUCAUCGUCGGUAUAUGCUACACUAUAUUUGAUCUAGGAUUCCGCUUUGAUGUGGCAUGGUUUCUCACAGAAACGUCACCCUUCAUGUGGGCCAAUCUGGGCAUCGGCCUGGCCAUCUCGCUGUCUGUUGUGGGAGCAGCUUGGGGAAUCUACAUCACUGGCUCAAGCAUCAUUGGAGGCGGUGUCAAGGCUCCCCGAAUUAAAACCAAAAAUUUAGUCAGCAUCAUUUUCUGUGAAGCGGUUGCUAUUUACGGCAUCAUCAUGGCUAUUGUUAUCAGCAACAUGGCUGAGAGUUUCAGUGGAACAACUCCUGAGACCAUCGGGGCAAGGAACUACCAAGCAGGCUACUCCAUGUUUGGGGCAGGUCUGACCGUGGGCUUCUCCAACCUCUUCUGUGGCAUCUGCGUGGGCAUUGUAGGCAGCGGGGCGGCGCUGGCCGACGCUCAAAACGCCAGCCUCUUUGUCAAGAUUCUCAUUGUGGAAAUCUUUGGGAGCGCCAUCGGUCUGUUUGGAGUCAUUGUAGCCAUCUUGCAGACGUCAAAAGUAAAGAUGGGCGACUAGAAGACGCAUUGGCGAGACCAGAAGAUGGACACUUCUGCUGGAACCAAGGUGGAAUAUUGUGUAAAUACAACGUAAAUUAUUUAAAUGUUCUAUCUGCCCGGUAUUGUUUUUAACCAUCAUUUUAAAGAAAGGAGGCACCUAAUGACAAAAGACAGAAGACAAACUCCCUGCCUCCCAUUAUGUUCCCUCUAAAUGAAUGAUGGUUAAAAAAAAUUACACUAGAGUAUUUGAAGGUGUGUGUGUGUGUGUGUGUGUUUUCUUCCUGUGAAGCAUGUUGUGUUUGUUACCGUUGCCUGGUCUGUCAAUUUUAUUUCCUGUUGAGCCUUCAUCCAUGCCUGCAGACCUUCUGCAGGGAACAUGACUAAAUUAGGGAAGCUUAAAGUAGCCAAUGCGGAGUUGUUGUGAUUGUUUACAGCUAUGUCCAAAUUUUCAUUGCAUAGAGACUGAUGGGAGUUGAAAUAGUUGACUAAAAUAAUGUAAACAUUGAUUUUUUUUAACCUCUUUCUUUACAAUUGUACAUCAUUGUAUGAGGACUGUCAUUGUUAUCUAUAAUCAUUCCUUGUGUACAUUGGGCUUCAUUCUAUGUUCGUCAUGCACAUUAUUUUCCAUUAUUGUCAAAUGAACGGAAUUGUUGCUGCUGGAAUUAUAACACGUUCCUCGUUUCAUCAUGAUUUUCUCAUAAUUUGACAGACCAAGCUAGCUAACUAACGUAUGAGUCUCCCCUUCACGUUAUUGGGAAAUACAUUACAUGAACAGCAGGGAAACUUGGAAAUGUUCUUCAAAGUAUUUUCCCAACCGCCCAGCCUUUGAUUGGUUUAAUAUUAAACUAACGGCUAAAUAAAGUUGUGUACCGUACUAGUCGCUACUGUGUGUGUGCGUGUGUAUGUUUAUUUUGACGUGAUGGUGAUGAUGAGAAAGUAACUGUAAAAACCACAACAACAAAAACAAUCUUCAUUUUGUCUUUGUAGAUGUCUGUGGAUGUGAAAUAAAAAUGUCCAAACUAAA